UUGAAUUUAUCAUUGUUUGUUUAAUGUUUGGUUGUUUGGCAAUCAGUACGGUUUCUUGUACUGUAGUCUUUUUAAUAAUUAACAUUUAUUACUAUUAUCAUCCUAGUAGGUUGAUAAGUAUAAUCACUUUUGACUGAAAAUAAUAAAUAACUACAGUUUAGAAAUUUCAGUGUUCCUUUAUUGUAGCACUGGAGCAUACACAGUAAUUAUCAAGAUCAUCUAUUAUAAAAAGAUUAUUACUAGGCCUAUUUUAUCUAUCAGAAUGGAAUCGUUGACAAGCACUCCUCAGCCAACCCUAAGCCAUGAGCUGCGAGCACUCAUUAAUCAGAGGAAUAUAUUGACUGCAACAUCCAAGGCCAAAGUACUAAAUGAAUUGGAUAAACAGAUUGAAGAAAACAAAACCAAGAGGCAGAUGUACCUGAGAAAUAGAGUUGUGGAAGAGAUAUUCACUUCAGAAAGUUCAUACCUACACCAGUUAGAAAUUAUAAUGAAGUAUUUUAAAGAGCCACUUGAUUCCUCUGAUCUUUUGUCUCCUGUUGCCAAAAAAAUAUUGUUUGGAAACGUUGAAUCCAUCUACAGAGUCAACGGUGAACUGGUAAAUGAACUCAAGACUGAAGGGAACAAUAUUGCAGCAGCAUUUAUGCAUUUGGCUCCAUUUUUCAAACUGUAUUCCAUGUAUAUAUAUGAAUACAAAAAUAUUCUCUCGUUACUUGAGGAGGUGUCAAAAUCCAACCCCAAACUGAGUAUGUGGAUAAAGAACCAAGAGUCAAGGCCUGAAGUAGCCAACAGUCUAAGUGCAUUGCUGAUUGUACCAGUCCAGCGGUUACCGAGGUAUCGUCUGCUGCUAAGUCGUCUUCUAAGCUUGACACCUGCAUCUCACCCGCACCAUUCCACGCUUGUCGAAGCUGUAAAGGAGGUGGAGAAGGCAACAGCUCAUGUUGACAAUCUGGUAGUGGAGCAGGAGGUGCAGGAACGGCUGUUGACUCUGCAGCAGUGUCUGGUCGGCUCCAAGCCUUCCAUUGUUGCCCCCAACAAGAAACUUCUCAAGGAGGGAGUUCUCAUGACGAUAGGAAGUCACAGCAAAAGCCAGAAGGGUCAGCGGAAUUAUGUCAUCCUUCUGUCUGACAGCCUACUCUUCUGCAAAUUCACCUCUAGAGAGAGAGCCAGAUUUGGACCUCCAGUGAAACCUGGCUCUUUGCGGUGUUGCUGUAUUCUACCCAUCGGCAAGUGUAGUGUCCAGACUGUCUUGAGUCAAGGGAUGUUCACUCUUUCUUGCUGCAACAAGAGCUUUACCAUCUACUCUGAUGUGAAGGAAGAAGUAAUCUGUUGGGUUGAAGACAUCGAGGGUGCAAUUUCACAGUAUCAAGACAAUGAAAAAACACUGAGAACAAAACGCUCUGGCUCACGACACUCUUUGCUUCUAAAUAGAAAGAGGAAGUGUCUUAAAGAGAAUGAGUCCACAAAGGAAAUUCCUAGCCCAGCUAAAAGAGUUAAAGUGUGUGAUCCAAAUGUGCAGGAGUCUGAAGACAAAGUCAGUGAAAUCUUACAAGAGACACAGCAUUUACAUCGGAGGGAAAAGACCAAUUUCCUACGUCCAAUUAAAGCACUUUUUCAAACAUUUGGUGAAAGCGUGCGAAGAUACUUGUAUCCAGGUCCGGCUUCCAGCUAACACAGUCUUUAGUAUGCUAUUAUGUAAUAUUACUUAGAAUAAGAGUAGAAAAUAUGCAGGGAGUUAUGUAAAUUAAGGAAAUAAUGUUGUAGUCUCUUGGUAUAGUAAUAGAUUAGCGAUGAUCUCUUAAGCGUUAGGAGAAUAUAACUAAACUAAGUGAUUGUUUUAUAUCUUUCUUGAUUACAAUGUAGUGAUAUUUUUCUUGUGUCAUGUUUGAGUGAAAGAAGUUAAAGCAGCAGUGGAUUUUAUUAUUGUGAUCAGUCAAUAUAUCACAAUUUUAAGGUAAGUUAUCACUUAGUUACCUGAUAAGUAGCAGAAAGUUGUAUAUAAUGUUAAUUAAUUGAAUGGUCAGCUGUGUUGACAUCUAAAAUUAAUUAAAAUGGUAAAUUUAAUAAUUUUUAUUUCCAGUUUAAGUACAAAUUGUCAAUGGGUUGAAGUGUAAUUAAUUAGGCCUAAUUAUUGUUCUUAUGUGGUUUCAAAGAAUCACUUGUUGCUUUGAUUUUCAUAGAUUUUUAAUGUGCAAAGGAAAUGAAACAUCUUAAGGUUUGUUGUACUGUUUUUACUGUAAUAUACAAUACUCAACUGUCUUACUUGCUAUCUUGCUAAUUUUUUUAAAAUAUGUGUACAUUUAAUUCCAUCUUGAAUGAAAUAGUUGUUUUAACAUAGUUCAAAACAAUAAUUUCUGUGGAAUGCUUUUGUUCAAAACAAUAAUUUCUGUGGCAUUGUGAAAGCAUAAGUUGUUGGUUGAAGUGGCAUGUAGAGCUAGGGUUACCAUGAAUAUCAUAUAAUUUAAGUGUGUAAUCUGUAAGUUUUUAUAAAGGACUUAUUUUUAGGUUGUUUGUGUUUAGCCAUUUUGACAAAAGUUACAAUUUAAUGUAUGUACUUUUACAAAUGUUAUAAAUAUGUUUAUUUUUAAUGAAAGAUCACAUGUUUUUAUGAUGUUAACUCUGUACAAAUAUUUAAUAAACUAUUUUUGAUAUAGGA